AUGGCUGGAUUACUCUCACCGCAUAUGCAUCGCCACGUCAGCCUUUCGCAGCUGCAUCAAACGCCGAGAGAUUUUUCCGUAGAGCCCCUCCUUUUCAACGGCUCUCUGACGUGUCCAAGGGCUAGUAAGGCGAGCAAGCCUAUCUCCAUCGCAUGUAUAUCCACCUUGCCCCGCCGUCGAAGCAGCGCAAGCAAGCAGCGUUUCAGUGUAACCGCCACCGCUCGUUCUCGCCACGUGUCGUCCGUGACUCAUGGUUUUGCGGGCGCGGACGGAUGGCGACGCGACAGCUCGAUUGAUCCGAGGAAACAGACUGGCAGGGUACGCGCGUCUCGAGGCGACAGCUCGAUUAGCAGAGACGGAUGGCAGGGUCGGGACGAACCGUACCAGGAGAGCAGGGUCGGAUCGCGGCAGGCUCGGACAGACGGCAGGCUCGGUGGCAGUGGCGGUGGAGGCUGGCGAGAGGAUGAGCGAGACCCUCGUCAGGAGCGGGAUUAUAACGAGGGGUUUGACGCGAGCGGAAGGGGGAGAAGAGGGGAAUGGGAUCGCGGAGAGAGGAAAAUGGGGGUUGGGCGGGAGAGGGGACGGGGCGAUCGACGGGAGGGGGAGGGGGACGGGGAGCGAAACUGGCGGAGGGAGGGAUCGGGGCGGUGGGAUGCGGGCGAGGCGGGGGAGCGAGGGGGCGGGGGGAGGGAAUCCGGGGCGCGGGAUGGGUACGGUAGGUUUGAGCAGGAUAGGCGGGGGGGUGACCAGAGGGGUUCCUUCUCUCGAGAUGGUGGCUCUCGAUAUAGUGACAGGGGACGUGGUCGUGACGAGGUGCCACGUGGCGCUCGUCGUGACUAUAACGAGGGUUAUACAAGCGGGUUCAGGAACCGCGGAGGCCUCAGCGGGAGUAGAGAGGACGCGGGGCGAGGCGAGGGGUCGAGGUUUAGGGAAGGGUUUAAGCAGGGUUCAAGGAAAGGAGAGCAGUGGGAGAUUGAGGGGCGCAGGGAGUACGAGUCCCGAGGAUAUUCAGGAGGGUUUAAGCGAGAGGAUCAGGCUGGAGAGGAAUGGGAGGAUCCGGAGUCAAGAAUGAGGAGGGAGUUGUUUUCAGGGAGGCGAGUGGGAGCAGCAGCAGCCGGUGGAAGCUCUGGGACGAGAGGGGAGGAGAGGGGGGGGACGAGAAGAGCAGGUGGGCGAGACGGGGUGAGGGAGGGAGUGAGAGGCGGAGUGGAAGGCAAAGACGAGGAGGGCGCGUGGCAGGACCCGCCGUUGCACGUGGGCGAGGUGGCGAGCGUGAGUAACGCGUUUGUGAAGCGCGCCGUGCGGCUGAGGCAGAGCAGCGCGGCGCGGAGGGCGUGGGGGCGCGUGCUGGUGGCGGGCGAGGUACCCGUGCAGGAGAUCUGCGCGCCCUGGCUGCAGGCGCAGGGGGGAGGGGAGGGGGAGGCGGCGCGGGAGGGGCGCGAAGAGGCGGAGAGGGAGGGCAGGGGGGAGACGCAGGGGGAGGCGCAGGGAGAGACGCAGGGGGAGGCGCAGGGGCAGGGGGGUCUGGGCCCCAUCGGCCGUGGGCAGUGUCCUCUGGACAUCCUACUCGUGCAAUCCGAGUCCCCUUUGCCCCCGCCCCCUGGGCUGGUGCGCGUGGCUCGGCGCGUGCUGUACGUGUCCCCUGCUGUGAUGAGCCGCCUGGCUGGCGUGCAGAGCGUGGGCGCUGCUGCUGUCGCUGCUGUCAUGCUGCUGCCCGCCUCGUUCAAAGUGCUGGAGAGUGGUGGGGAUGGUGGGGGUGAUGGUGGUGGUUAUGGUGGUGAGGAGGAGGGAGAGGAGGUGGGGGAGGAGGAGAGGGGGGGUUGGGACGGGAAGGGUUGCGGGGAAGGGGAGGAGAGAGGUGGAGAGGAGGGGUUCGUGGGAAGGGCUGUGGAGGGACGGGUUGAAGAGGAAGGGGGGGUGGGGGAGGAAAAGGGGAGCUUAGGGGGAGGAGUGGAGAGGGAAGGGGCAGAAGGGGAGCACAGCAUAGGCAGGCGGUGGUUUGAAAGGGAGGGGGGCGGAAGAGGAUGGAGAGCUGGCAUGUCGCGAGUGCUUGUGCUGGAUGGCGUGCAGGACCCAGGCAAUCUGGGCACAUUGCUGCGCACGGCCCUGGCGUUUGACUGGCACGGCGUGUUUCUCCUGCCCGGAUGCUGCGACCCGUUUAACGACAAGGCACUGAGGGCGUCAAGGGGAGUGUUGUUUCGCCUGCCUGUGGCUGUCGGUGACUGGUCCCACCUCCUCUCCCUCACCUCCCACCACAACCUCUCCCUCCUCGCUGCCCACCCUGCUGCUGCUGCUGCUACUGCUGCUGCUACUGAUGCUCCUGCCACAUCUGCUGCUACAGUUUCCGCCACACCUGACGUUACACCCGCUAAUCCUGCCAUGUUGGGCAGUGAGGGGCAGGGUCUAUCAGCCACAGCGCUGCGCCUGUGCCAGCCAGUGGCCAUUCCCAUGCCGGGGGGGGCAGAGUCUCUCAAUGUGGCAGUUGCAGGAGGCAUCCUGCUCUUCCUGCUCGGCCCGCACUCCCCGCUACCUCCUUCCCGUCUCUCUACGAGUCCGCCUUCGCUCCCGGAUUCUGUUUAG